AAGUGAUGUUGCACUGGGAUUCCCCCUUUCUGGGAAAAACUCCUAGUAACAAAGAAAACCAAUUUGUCAACUUUCACGACAAUGUUUAAUUAAUAAAUGUACUAGCCUGGUGCCUUAUACAUAUAACUAAUGUCAAAUGCAUCGGAAGAAAAGAAGCUAUGUUGCUCUUGCAAAGGGGUGAUGGAGCUUGGUAUGGUGUGCGACAAAUGCCUCACCAAUGUUUAUUGUUCAACACGGUGCAUGCAGAUUGAUUGGCCGAGUCAUGCUGAAGACUGCAAGUUUAUAUAUUGGCAGCGAAAGGCAGCCAUGAAGGAAUUCUGUGCCAACUGUCUUCGACAUGUCUCCACGACCGAGAGGAAGAUUUUGAAAAGAUGUGCAGCCUGUUUAGAGACACGCUACUGCUCAAAAUGGUGUCAGCAGGAAGACUGGCUGUACCAUUCGGCCAUCUGCUCGGGCAAAUAUGAUCACCAUCCUACUACCAGGCAGUCUUUCAAAUCUGCUGACCGUUGGUGGACAGUUGCAACAGCAUCAGCAUCAGCAGCAACAGUAACAGAAACAUCAACAGUGACAACAGCAGCAGCAGGAGCAACAACAGUAACAGCAGAGUCAACAGCAACAGAAAUGUCAGAAGUAGAAGCAAGAACAAUGGCAAUGGUAGCAGCAGCAGCCAAAAACUCAAACAUGACAGAAGCAUUGAAAGCUAUACUGUCAUCCAAGUCAUCACCAAUAUUUACAUUAACAGGUAUGCCGAAGUUUGAUGCAGAAACAUUUUCUGUUAAUCUUGGAGAGAUACAGUUGUCCCUUGAAAAGAACUACCAUAGCAAAGAGCCCACGUCGGAACAGCCAGCAACAGGAAAAUCAGUUACUACAAGUGUCGCCGACGGCCAGUCCAGAUCAUACAUAUUGAGAGAAUAACCUGCCCACAUGGGAAGAAACAAAUCCGAAUAGAUCUCGGCUAGAUACUGUCCACUCCCUGGCUUUCAAAUACAGCAUCGGUGGCUGAUAUAUAGAAGAUACUCCCCUCGUGUCUUGCGAUAUCAUAAUUUAUUAGCACGAGUUGAUAAAAGCAUGAAAACCCAGGCUUGCCGAGUGCUGAUAAAUUAUGAUAUCACAAGACAUGAGGGGGUAUUCUUUUUAUCAUCUUUUUAUCAUCCAUUAUCAUUCUUUUCAUUUGCGAAAGUUGUAAACAAUGUCAGUGAUGUGGGUUGAA